UGUACAGAACAUCUUGGAGAUACUGCACAGUUCACAGCAAAACAGAACAUCGGAUAAUCUUAAAUCGUCCCUAUUGUAUCAUCAUAAAACUAGCAGAGAGAGAAAACUAAGUAAUAGUGAAAGAUUAAUUCUGGUCGGAGGGCCUAAGCUGCGGUUCCGUGUCAAUAACCUUUAAUCAGUUUAAUGUUCGUUUUUGUUGUAUUUUGAACCAUUGGGCAACGCUUGGGCGGCUCGACUUGGGAGCGCAUGCGCUUUGUCCCGGUUGUCGUGGCCGCGGCGGGGACCCGUAGGUCUGGGAGGGCAAGACGAGGUGAACUGGGUAGGCGGUCCGGGGGUAGCACCGAGUGAGGGACGGAAGGCCGUCGCCAUGGGCUCGAGUGUUAUCCAGAUCCCAAGCCGGCUUCCGCUGUUGCUGACCAACGAGGGCGUUUUGCUGCCUGGCUCUACGAUACGCAUCAGUGUGGAGACCCCCCGAAACGUCCAACUCGUGAAGAGCAGACUUCUCAGGGGCACUUCGGUCCGGAGCACCAUCAUCGGGGUCAUCCCCAGCACCAGAGACCCCGACAGCGAGGCCGAGGACCUGCCCCGCUUGCACAGGAUUGGAACAGCUGGUAUUGCAGUGCAGAUAGUAGGCAGUAAUUGGCCGAAGCCACACUAUACUCUGUUGAUCACGGGCCUUUGUCGGUUUAACAUACUUGAGGUUGUGAAGGAGAAGCCAUUCCCAGUGGCUAAAGUGGAACAGCUUGAUCGGUUGGAGCAAUACACAGACGGUAUUGGGGAGUUGAAUGACCUUUCACAGCAGUUCUACAAAUAUGCAGUUCAGCUGGUGGAGAUGUUGGAUAUGUCAGUACCAGUGGUUGCCAAGCUGAGACACUUGCUGGAUAGCCUUCCUAGAGAAACAUUGCCUGACAUCCUAGCAUCAAUUAUCCGGACUAGUGCUAAUGAAAAGCUGCAGGUACUGGAUGCUGUUGGAUUAGAAGAAAGAUUUAAGAAGACCAUUCCAUUGCUUGUUCGGCAAAUUGAAGGACUAAAAUUACUUCAAAAAGCUCAUAAAUCAAAGCCAAGUGAUGAAAAGAAGAUUGUGACCAUCCGACCUAUUAGAAAAAACAAUCAAAUUCCAGGACGACAAUUGCAUUUAGAGGCACUUGAGCAGGAAGAUGAUGAUGAUGACGAUGAUGGUGAUGAUAUUGUUAUACUGGAGAAGAAGAUUAAAAGUAUAAAUAUGCCUGAACAAGCAAUGAAAGUUUGCAUUAAGGAGAUCAAAAGGUUAAAAAAGAUGCCUCAGUCAAUGCCAGAGUUUGCCUUGACCCGAAAUUAUCUGGAACUAAUGGUGGAACUGCCAUGGGACAAAAGCACAACAGAUCACCUGGACCUUUGUGCUGCAAGAGUUCUACUUGACAGUGACCAUUAUGCAAUGCAGAAGCUCAAACAAAGGGUGUUGGAGUAUCUUGCUGUUAGACAACUUAAAAACAAUUUGAAAGGACCCAUCCUGUGCUUUGUGGGACCUCCAGGUGUGGGUAAGACCAGCGUGGGCAGAUCCAUAGCAAAGACCCUUGGCAGAGAGUUUUACAGGAUAGCGUUAGGUGGAGUAUGUGAUCAGUCUGACAUUCGUGGUCACAGGAGAACGUACGUGGGUAGUAUGCCUGGCAGAAUUGUCAAUGGCUUAAGAACUGUUGGUGUGAAUAACCCAGUGUUCCUACUGGAUGAAAUAGAUAAAUUAGGGAAAAGUCUACAAGGAGACCCUGCGGCAGCUCUUUUGGAGGUGUUGGAUCCUGAGCAGAAUCAUAGUUUCACUGACCACUAUUUGAAUGUCCCCUUUGACCUAUCCCAAGUACUUUUCAUAGCUACUGCCAACACUACUGCUACCAUCCCUCCAGCUUUACUUGAUAGAAUGGAACUCAUCCAAGUGCCAGGCUAUAUUCAAGAGGAGAAGAUGGAAAUUGCUCACAGGCAUUUGAUUCCUAAACAAUUGGAGCUACAUGGCCUAACACCCCAACAAAUUCAAAUUCAACAUGAAGCAACUGAAAGUAUCAUUAGCAGAUAUACCAGGGAAGCAGGAGUACGCUCUCUGGAGCGGAAGAUAGGUGCCAUUUGUCGUGCUGUGGCUGUAAAAGUGGCAGAAAGUCAACAUAAGGUUACAAAAUCUCCGAAAGAAGACAAAGAAUGUGUCCCGGAGGAGACCAAAGAUGAAUCUAUUGCUGGUGUAACAGAUCUUGCAUUGCCACCUGAAAUGCCAAUUGUGAUAGAUAGGCAUGCAUUGAAAGACAUUCUGGGACCUCCCAUUUAUGAAAUGGAGGUAUCCCAGCGUCUUAGUCAGCCUGGGGUGGCAAUAGGCUUGGCUUGGACGCCAUUGGGUGGUGAGAUUAUGUUUGUGGAAGCGAGUCGAAUGGAAGGAGAGGGUCAGCUCACUUUAACAGGACAGUUAGGAGAUGUUAUGAAGGAAUCAGCCCAUCUCGCAAUAAGUUGGUUACGCAGUAAUGCUAAGAAAUAUCACUUAACAAAUGCUGCUGGAAGCUUCGAUCUCCUUGACAACACAGACAUACAUCUGCACUUUCCAGCUGGAGCCGUCACAAAAGAUGGACCAUCUGCUGGAGUUACUAUAGUAACCUGCCUUGCUUCUCUGUUCAGUGGCCACUUAGUACGCUCUGAUGUAGCCAUGACAGGCGAAAUAACGCUCCGAGGCCUUGUUCUGCCAGUGGGUGGAAUAAAAGAUAAAGUUUUAGCUGCACAUAGAGCCGGUCUGAAGCGAGUCAUACUACCGAAGAGAAAUGAGAAGGACCUUGAUGAGAUUCCAGCCAACAUGAGAGAAGAUCUGGAUUUUAUAACUGCUUUUUGCUUAGAUGAUGUACUUAAUGCUGCAUUUGAUGGAGGAUUUCCAGCAGAGUCGAGGCAUAGUAUUUUAAAUAGUAAACUCUAAGAUGAUUGGUGUCUUAACAGCUGAUAAACAAUUAUUUUGUUUUAAACUACUAUAUAGUGGUGGUUUUCCAGCCUCUCAGUGGGGUGUAGUGUGGAGGCCAAAUACUUAGUAUGAACAAUACAUACUUGUGGUUAACUUUGACCAUUUUGGUGUAUGGUUUAGAGAUUAAGAAUAUAAAGUGGUUAAAGUUCAAUUGUGCAUUACAUGAUUUUGGCAAAACACCUAAACAUAGUGUUAUAUUCUGAUAUCUGAUUCCUUAGAAGUUGUAUAAUUAGGAAAUGGAUUUUGAUUUGUUUUCAGUUACGCUGAUGCUUCAAGAAAUCAUUGUACUUGUCUGUUAUUCAAGAUCGCUAAUUUAUGCAGUGCUAGUUCCAACUGUUAAUUACUAUAAUGUCUAUAAAAUCUAAUCCUAGUUAUGCCAUAUUUUUCUCCAAUAUAUUUGCAUCUCUUAACAUAUUUCCUUAUGAAUGUUUGUUUAGAGAUACCAUGCAGUGCAGGUCCUUAAAUUCCUGAACUGUGCAAACUAGUCUUUCUCCUCAAUUGUGAGGAAUGGAGUGGAUUGGAUUUGUCCACCUGUGACUGAUCAUAUUAACCAUGUCUUAAUUGUAAAACCUGCUCUUUUACAUGACAUGCAGAAACUAGGUCUGUGGAAAGAUGUUAUGAACCCACAGGAAAUAGCGAAGCCAUACAAGCAGGUAGCUGCUGUUUAUGAAAUUAAUUCCAGAGUAUGACUUAAAGUCCUUGUUGAAUAUGAUACAAACAGGAGGCAAAUAUCGACUUACUUCCCACAUCCUUUUUAUUCUGUCCUUUGCAGCCUAGCCUGCUAUUUGACCCUACUAUUAGUGGUACUUAAAGUACAAUAUAACUAACUGCCAUUAGUACACAUUUAGUCUCACUCUGCAGAAGAUACUCCCUUUGUUGUCUUCAUCCCUCCCUUUUCUCUUGACAUUUUCUGACAAAGGCUUUCAGACCUAAAACCUGGAAAUCUGGAUGAAUCACCACCAUUGUAAUGAUACUGAUUGUCAGUGAUUUGGCAGUCAGGAUUUGCCAACGUGGUAUUUAUUGCCUAGUCUGAGUGUCAUUAGAAUAAUUUAUUUCCAGCUUUUAUCAUAGUUGACUGAAAUAUUGACAGCUGAAUUCCAAAUGGGGCAAAAAUGGAAGUAUUUGAUGUAGUGUAGUUACAAGGAACUUAGUUAAAAGUUAAAGUCAAAGGUAAAUUUAUUAUUUAAGUACAGUGGCAUGCAAAAGUUUGGGCACCCCUGGUCAACAUUUGUUACUGUGAAUUAUUAAGCAAGUAGAAGAUGAACUGAUCUCCAAAAGUCAAAGUUAAAAAUGAAACAUUCUUUUCAACAUUUUAAGCAAGAUUAGUGUAUUAUUUUUGUUUUGUACAAUUUUAGAGUGGGGCAAAAAAAGGAAAGGAGCACCAUGCAAAAGUUUGGGCACCAAGAGAUUUGAGCUCUCAGAUAAGGCUAUGGCUUGUUCACAUUCAUCAUUAGGAAAGGCCAGGUGAUGCAAAUUUCAAAGCUUUAGAAAUACCCUGACUCCUCAAACCCCUGGAUUGCUGAUCCCAACAAUCAGCAGCCAUGGGCUCCUCUAAGCAGCUGCCUAGUACUCCGAAAAUUUAAAUAAAUUAUGUCCACAAAGCAGGAGAAGGCUACAAGAAGAUAGCAAAAUGUUUUCAGGUAGCCUUUUCCUCAGUUUGUAAUGUAAUUAAGAAAUGGCAGUUAAACAGGAAUGUUGGAGGUCAAGUUGAGGUCUAGAAGACCAAGAAAACUUUGAGAGAACUGCUCGUAGGAUUGCUAGAAAGGCAAAGCAAAACCCCCGUUUACUGCAAAAGACGUUCAGGAAGACUUAGCAGAUUCUGGAGUGGUGGUGCACUGUUCUACUGUGCAGCAACACCUGCACAAAUAUGAUCUUCAUGGAAGAGUCUUCAGAAGAAAACCUUUACUGUGUCCUCACCACAAAAUUCAGCGUCUGAAGCUUGCAAAGGAACAUCUAAACAAGCCUGAUCCAUUUUAGAAACAAGUCCUGUGGACUGAUGAAGUUAAAAUAGAACUUCUGGGCCGCAAUGAGGCAUGUUUGGAGAAAAGGUUGCAGAAUUUCAUGAAAAGAAUACUUAGCCAACUGGAAUCAAUCAUGCUUUGAGCUUGUGUUGCAGCCAGUGGCAUGGGGACAUUUCAGUGAUAGAGGGAAGAAUGAAUUCAAUUAAAUACCAGCAAAUUCUGGAAACAAACCACAUCAUCUGUAAAAAAAAAGCUGAAGAUGAAAAGAGGAUGGCUUCUACAACAGGAUAAUGAUCAAAAACACACCUCAAAAUCCACAAUGGACUACCUCAGGAGGCGCAAGCUGAAGGUUUUGCCAUGGCCCUCACAGUUCCCUGAACUAAACAUCAUCGAGAAUCUGUGGACAGACCUCAAAAGAGUAGUGCAUGCAAGACGGCCCAGGUAUCUCACAGAACUGGAAGCCGUUUGCAAGGAAGAAUUCCCCCAAAGAAGAAUUGGAAGACUCUUAACUGGCUACAGAAAGCAUUUACAGCUGUGAUACUUGCCAAAGGGGGUGUUACUAAGUAUUGACCAUGCAGGGUGCCCAAACUUUUGCUUUGGGUUCUUUUCCUUUUAUGCUAUUUUGAAACUGUAAAAGGUAGAAAUAAAAAUGUAAUCUUGCUUAAAAUAUUACAGAAAUGUGUCAUCUUCAACUUAUGGCUUUUGGAAAUCAGGUCAUCUUUUACCUGCUUAGCUAUUCACAGUAACAAAUUUUGACUGGGGUGCCCAAACCUUUGCAUGCCACUGUAUAUGCACAGUAGACAACUGAGAUAACUUCUCCAGAUAGCCACAAAACACGGAAGCUGUUCAUAAAUCACAGAACUUAGGUAACAUCCUCUGAAGACAAAGGAAGACCACUAAAGUGUAGAGGGAGAUCAAAGAGGAAAUAGGUGGUCACAAACAGACACCUUAUCCUGCACCAGUGAGCUAUAGGCCAUCACCCACAAACAGUGUACCCGGUAGUGAUCAGUCACAGCAUGCAAGAAGCAGUUAGUUGGUGCUGAACCCUCACUCGCCUUCCGCAUUCACGUCACCAUUUCAAUCUUCCUCGACACUUUAAUUGGUGAAAUGGAGUUGAGCAUGGGCUUUAAGCUUCACCACAAGGUUGGUGCUCAUCUCCUGGAAUGUUCUCUGAGACAGCCAAGUACUAGAUCACUCAGUCGAUCUUCAAACUGCAUUUAAGGUGAAGAGAAGAUGUGCGAAAAGUGAAAUCAACAGUUUUGUGGACUAUCUGGAGGACCUCACCUGAGGAAUUGAUGUUCGCCAGUGCUAUCUUGACCACAGGACUUGUUUUCCAUUUGAUGUGCAAUGGUUAAAUCAUAUCUUACAAAAUUAAUUGUUUGUUAAAGGUCAAUGGUCCCAGCUGCAGGGUAGUAUCUGGGGCUCAUUCACCAUGACCUUAAUUUAGGCUUUGAGGUCAGCAAUGUUGUAUGAUAUUCUCAGCAACUGAUAGUUCCUAUCUGCAAGCAGUAAAACUAGACAGUAUUCAGGCAUGAGCAGAUAAUAUAAAAUACUUAUCCUAACACUACAAUGACCACUUUCAAAAAGCAACAACGACUACAUAUCCAGAAACUGGACCAACUAGAGUGUGUAUGCUGUAGCGAGUGACUCAUUGGUACCCAUUCAUAUUUAUUGUAAGUGAUAUAUAUACACACAGUCAUACAUCAUACUGUAUUAAUAGUACUUCAUUUUUCCCUUAUUUUACACAAAUACAUUUUCAAAUUUGAAGAGAAUCCAAAUCCAGAAACCACUGUAAUACCAUUUAUUUUUGCUGCUGCAGAAAUAGGGUAGGUGGGGAAAAGUGAAGGGAUAACAAACAAUGUUUGUUCUGGAAACAACCUUCCACUACAAUAUUUGUGUCUGUUAACUUAGGAUCCAACCCGUGCUCCAAAUGUAAUUUUAUAUGCUUUUUCUGUUUAGAAAGAACAUUGUAAAAAAAAACAAUACAUAGAAAUUGUCUUGCUAUGCCAAUAGCCUUUCAAAGUUUUUUUUUAAAGAAAGCAGUAUACUAUGAAAUGAUCAAUUUUACCUUGAUUGAAGUUCUGAGUAAAAUAAAGUUUUACUUGGUACUUCACGGCAUAAUCCAUAUCAAGAAAAGUCUGAAGCACUAAUGUCGGGUGUGCACCUUGUAGUGUUAAUUAUAAUACAAUAAAAUAUCAAUCUUGAACC